AUGUGGAACAAACGUCCUCUGGCAGUCGUCACCAUGGAAAGUCAGCUGACUGGUAAUGUAGAGAGUCGAUCCCAAGCAUCUUCGGGCUCCUGCCCACCAUCCUUCGUCACUUUGCUGAAAGUACACAGAGAGCUGCUGGUCAGCAGGAUCCGUAACACCCAGUGUUUGAUUGACAACUUGAUUAAGAAUGAAUAUUUCUCCAGUGAGGAUGCAGAGAUUGCUGCCCAGUAUCCUACACAAGCAGACAAGGUCCGUAAAAUUCUGGAUCUAGCCCAGAGCAAAGGAGAGGAAGUGGCGGAGUAUUGCAUCUUUGUUCUGCAUCAAGUUGCUGAUGCUUAUUAUGAUCUUCAUCCAUGGUUGGAAGAGAUCGGGUUUCGCCCUACAGACGUCAUUAGUAAGAAACCUGUGGAAAAUACCGACCCAGUUAGCAGGUAUCAUCAGAAACUUAGAGAUGACUUGGGACGGGACACAAAGUUCAUCUCUUCGUAUGCCCAGAAGGAGGACAUGUUGCUUGAAGAAACGUAUUCUACCAACGUUAUGGAGCUGAUCAAUCACAACAAUGAGAAACUUGGCAGUGUGAAUGGCUUGGAAGACCUACUUGAUGAUAACAUUGGUUUAAUUAAUGGAGACGGUGAGACAGUCUAUGUCUUUGGUGAUGCAGGGAUUGGGAAAUCCAUGUUGCUGCAAAAGAUGCAGAAUCUGUGGUCUAAAGGUGAAUUCAAGGUAGGAGCCAAAUUCUUUUUCCGCUUCCGAUGCCGGAUGUUUAGCUGUUUCAAACAGGAUGAAGCUAUAUGUUUAAAAGACCUCCUGUUCAAGUACAACUGUUUCCCAGACCAGGACCCAGAGGAGGUUUUUUACUUCAUCCUGAAGUUCCCUCACACCGUCCUGUUUACAUUUGAUGGCUUUGAUGAGAUUCAUUCGGACUUUGAUCUCAGCAGUGUGCCUGAGAAUUGCUCACCCAAUGAAUCUAUCCACCCUCUCGCUCUGCUUGUGGGUCUCCUUAGUGGGAAACUCCUGAAGGGAUCUAGGAAAAUCCUGACAGCAAGGACUGGUACAGAAAUCCAUAAAAACAUUGUCAGGAAGAAGGUAUAUCUCCGAGGGUUUUCCAGCAGUAACCUGAAAGAAUAUACCAAAAUGUUCUUCAAAGAUGAAGGGUGUCGGACUUUGGUCUUGAACCAGCUGGAAGCCAACCCCAAUAUGAGCAGUUUAUGUACAGUGCCUCUAUUUUGCUGGAUUAUCUUCAAAUGUUAUGAUCAUUUCUACUCUGCGUUUGACAGCCAUGAGCUCCCUGACUGCAACGUUACCUUGACAGAUAUUUUCUUGCUCAUGACCGAAGUCCACUUGAACCGAACUCAGAAGACGGAAUUGUUGAAGAAGAAUAGCAGAAGUCAAGUGGAGACAUUUAGGUCCAAAAAGGACACUUUGUUAGCACUGAGUAAAACAGCACACACGGGGAUGGAGAAGUCCGUCUUCGUUUUUGACCAAGAGGAGAUCAACACCAGCCUCUCUGAGCAGGAUUUACACUUAGGGUUCCUCAGAGCCGUUCCUCGCUAUGGAGACUGUGGGGACCAAUCUUCCUAUGAGUUCCUGCAUGUGACUUUGCAGUCCUUUUUCACAGCUUUGUUCCUAGUUACGGAUGAGAAAGUGGGCGCGAAGGAGCUACUGAAGUUUUUCGCCGAAUGCUCUACACCAGACACCGCCCUGCCCACUUGCUUCCCGAUCAGCUGGUUGAAUAGUUACCGUCCCACCGGAGCAGAUCCUUUCCGCAAUAACGAGCACUUUCAUUUCACCAACCUCUUCCUUUGUGGCUUGCUUUCCAAGGCCAGGCAGAAGCUCUUGAGGCACCUGGUUUCACCGGCAUCGAUUAAGAAGAAAAGGAAGGCUCUCCUCGCCUAUUUCUUCGAGAGCAUGAAGUCCCACCUGAAAGGCCUCACCCGGGCGCGACUGAAGGAGUACAAACAGGUUCAAGUUCUGCCCAAUUUUGUUUGGAUGCUGAGGUGCAUCUAUGAGACGCAGAAUGAGAAAGUGGGGAAGGUGGUGGCCAAGGGCAUGCGGGCCAACUACAUCAAGCUGACCUACUGCAACGCCUACUCGGCCGACUGCAGCGCCAUUUCCUUCGUCAUGCAUCAUUUCCAGAAGCGCCUGGCUCUUGACCUGGACAACAACAAUAUCAACGAUUAUGGAAUAAAGCAACUCCUGCCUUGCUUCAGCAGGCUGGCAGUGCUCAGGGUAAGCGUUAAUCAGAUCACAGAUCAAGGAAUAAGAGUGCUUUACGAUGAGCUGUCAAAGUACAAAAUUGUGACUUAUUUGGGCUUGUAUAACAACCAAAUUACCGACAUUGGAGCCAAAUAUGUUGCAAGACUCAUUGAAGAAUGCCCAAGCCUCAUAUACGUUAAAAUAGGAGCCAACAAAAUAACCACUGAGGGAGGGAAAAGCCUUGCUUAUGCCAUCCAGAAGAGUAAAACUAUGUAUGAAAUUGGCAUGUGGGGUAAUCAGAUUGGGGACGAAGGCGCAAAGGCGUUUGCGGAAGCACUGAAGAAUCACCCAACGUUAACCAACGUCAGCCUUGCAUUCAAUGGUAUCACCGCAGAAGGGGGCAAACGUCUCGCAGAAGCAAUGAAGCACAACAGCACUGUGAAUAUAUUUUGGCUAACAAAGAACGAGUUGGAUGACGAAGCGGCUGAGGUCUUUGCCGAAAUGCUUAAGGUCAACAAGAAGCUGGGCCAUCUUUGGCUUAUCCAGAAUCAGAUUACUGCCAAAGGAGCCAAGUGGCUGACUGACGCUCUGCAGGACAAUACGACCAUUAAAGAAGUCUGCUUAAAUGGAAACCUAAUAAGCCAAGAGGAAGCAAAAGCCUUUGAAAAUGAAAAAAGGAUCAUUUGCUUCUGAGAAAUUUCUUUCCAGUUUGGAUACUUGCCUGUAAGCCAAGAGCUGUUACCGCGGCAAUUGAAGCCAGAACACCAACAGCCGUUCGAAUUGGAUGUGAGGCUUGAGUGCGCUUCAGUCAAUG